ACUGGGCACUGUACACCACCUACUUCCCAUUCUACUGUACUAGUACCCUACCCAUCCACCCAUCAUCUCACCCAUCAUACCUUCUUUCCAUUUCUCUCAUCCUAACUACCCCUCACCCACCUUACCCCUCAUGCCCCUUGUCCAUUGAUUACUCUAUUCAUUGUCCAUUCUACCCCAUCGGCUGCCCUGUUCGUUAUCCACCAUACCCCCUGGUCUAUUUACUUUAUGCUCCCUGUCCCCUAGCCGCUGUCCUUACCCAAUCUAUCCCUUUACCUACUUCUCUCUGUAGUUUUGUAAAGAAGCAAUCAGACAUUUAAACUUACCGUAAUACAGCAGCUACAGCCAUUAAAAGCGGGUGUGGUUUGUCCUCCCUCGCUGCGCCAGUGCACCAAAGAAGCAGUUAGUUAUAUUUCGAUUUCGUUCCUCGUUUCGGGAGAAGUUAGGAUUGGGCGGAAGUCCGAGUCCGGAGCUCUGAGGUGGCCGAGAAAGUAAAACUGAAGCGAUCGUCGUGAGUGUCACGCUUUGUGGGAUUCGGGCUAUCGUGCAAUCUUUCUUCAAACUUUUCGCUUUGUCUGCAGUGUGAUUAAGUUCCUGGAGUCUCUAAAGCUAAACUUCAAAGCCUACAGUGAUGGCAGCUACAAAUGAUACGUUGGUUCCCCUGGAGUGUUUGCUUCCUGCAGGGAAACUGAAAUAUUGUCUGUUAAUUCUCAAUCAACCUAUGGAUGGUGAUCAAUUUCAACACCUGUGGAGUAAAGCUGUUUUUCGCGCAUGUGCCGAUGGUGGUGCAAACCGACUCUAUGAGCAUACUGAAGGGAGGCAAGAAAGGUAUCUGCCUCAUUUCAUCAGUGGCGAUUUUGAUUCGAUUAAACCAGAAAUAAAAGAAUUUUACAAAGUCAAGAAGUGCGAAAUUAUUGACACACCGGAUCAGGACUUUACCGAUUUCACAAAGUGCUUACAAAUACUACUUCAAAAAGUGAAGGACCAAGGACUAGAGGUUGACAAUGUUGUCGUGCUCGGUGGACUUGGUGGGCGUUUAGACCAAAUCAUGGCCAGUGUGGAGACACUCUUUCAUGCCACAAAGUUGACUAACCUACCAGUUAUCAUCAUUCAGGAGACAUCCCUGGCCUAUUUACUGCAGCCUGGUCACCAUAGACUGCGUGUUGACACGGGAUUGGAGGAUAAGUGGUGUGGCCUUGUCCCAGUGGGAAAUGCAUGUAAUGUAACAACAACUGGCCUCAAGUGGAAUCUGACUAAUCAAGUACUUCAGUUUGGGAAGCUGGUCAGCACCUCCAAUACUUACGAUGGAAGUGGAACUGUGACAAUAGAAACAGAUCAGCCUCUGCUGUGGACAAUGGGAAUAAAGAGAUACCUCAGCUAAUGUUCGUGCCUUUAGACAAAACAAUGUAACAGGAGUCAACACAAGGGAAGAAAUAAAAGUCAGAUUUAUAUAUUUCAAAA